GACACCCGGGGCCCCAGAAGGACUAAUAGGACAUGGAUGCAGAUGACGUACAGUGACUGCAGCUGCCAGUGCUGCUCAGAGAGAUUUAAAACGCAAGCUUUUAUUUGUCUGGUAAUGGAAAAAGAACUAAAGCAGAAAAUGGGAUAUGUGCUGGAGGUAAUGGUGCUUCUUGUUUUGAUGGACGCAGCUUCAUCUGGUGCCCAGAGCACGGGGGAGUUUACAGGAGCAGUGGGGUAUUUAAGGAAGUUCGGGUAUCUGCACGUCCCACUGGACAGUAAAGGCCAGAACCAUCCACGGGAGGAAGUCGAGGGUGCGCUAAGAGUCUUUCAGAGAGUGACAAAUCUGAAGAUUUCUGGAAGACUAGACGCAGCCACGCUGGCGAUGAUGAGCAAACCUCGGUGUGGGGUGGAAGAUGACUUCAAUAACAAAUCGCUCAAGUAUCGGGUCAUGGGUUACUGGCGUAAGAAGAUGCUGACUUACCGCAUCUAUAAUUAUACUCCUGACCUGGGACAGGGGAAGACGCGGUCCGCCAUCCAGACUGCGUUCAAAUACUGGAGCGACGUGUCGCCCCUGCGCUUCAGGGAGCUGCAGCACGGGAAGGCCGACAUCACGCUCUCCUUCCACAGGAAGGACCAGACGUGUCCGGUUCCCUUCGACGGCCGAGGCCACGUUUUAGCUCACGCUGACGCCCCCGAGUCGGGCAUUGUGCACUUCGAUGAGGACGAGCUGUGGACAGAGGGGAGGUCCCACGGCUCCAACCUGAGGAUCAUUGCAGCCCAUGAGAUCGGCCACGCUUUGGGCCUGGGCCAUUCCCAGUAUUACAGCGCGCUGAUGGGGCCCGUGUAUAACGGGUACCGCUCUGACUUCAAGCUCCACCCGGAUGAUGUACAAGGGAUCCAGGCUUUAUAUGGAAAACCUGAGUAUUCUCCUCCGUCCGGGAAUCCAGGCCAUUCCAUGCCAGGGGGGGUUGUUGUAGAUCCCUGCAAAGCCACCGUGGAUGCAAUAAUGUUGGGUCCUCUGCGUAAAACCUACAUGUUCAGCGGUCAGUACGUGUGGACGGUGUCCAGCUCCGGCUCCAGCUCGCCCGUCCUCAUCUCUGCGCUGUGGAGGGAGAUGUCAGGGAGUCUCAGUGCAGCUGUUCACUCUCAGCGCACUGGAAAGUCCUACUUUUUGAAAGGAGACAAAGUGUGGAGAUACACGGGUUUCAGACUGGACCACGGUUUUCCCAAGCGCCUGUCUAACAUCCCCGCGAACAUCGACUCAGCCUUGUACUUCAGCAAAACCAAAAAACUGAUAUUUUUCAAAGGCUCUGGAUACUGGCAGUGGGAUGAAAUCGGCCCAACGGACUUCAGCUCAUAUCCCAAACCCACGCAGCAGCUCUUCCGCGGAGCCCCCAGCGAUACCGAUGCGGCGCUAACGUGGACUAACGGUCACAUAUACAUGUUCAAAGGCUCCAAGUACUGGCGUCUAACCCACGAGGCGGUGGAGAGGGGCUACCCCCAAGACGUGGCCUCGCGCUGGAUGCAGUGUGACGACUGAGCCACCAGAGGCUCCCACGGAUUCAGCUCCAACAUCACCCGGCACAAGGAUGCAAAAGGAGCCCGAUAAACAGCUCAGAAUCAGAGAAUUGUCAGUAAAGUCAAAUAAAUAAACAAAUGAAUGCA